UAAUUGCAAACCAUCAUCACUCCAUCAUAUAUUAUUUUUGAGUAUUACUUAUUUUUGUGAUAAUGCGAUUACUUCUCAAACAAAAAUUUCUGCAUUUGAAACAAUGGGUUUGUGGCUUCAAGAAACCGAGGUUGUCUUGAGAGAUUCUAACGUCGAAAAUAAAGAAGUUUUAGAAAUUCAAGCUAUAUUUGAUUCUCAGAAUUUAGAUAAACUAAUGUCUUAUGUUUGGAAUAAUUGUGAUGACCCUAUUGAUGCUAUACAAUACAAGGUGAAGACAAUCUUUGAAAAAUUAUUAGAUAUUUUAAGUAUCAAGAGAAAAUAUGAAAACACAGACGAUUUUUAUAAUCAGUCCUUUAAUAAUUUGUUAAGACAAUUAUUAGCAAUGGAUCCAUAUCGUAAAGUGAAAUAUGUAUUGUUACUUUUACUAUUACCUAGAGUGGGAACAAAUGCAUUUCUUAAGAUUCAGGCUGACUUUGUGUGGCGGACUUUAGAGGUAUUACACAAUACGACAAUUGCGCCACGAUCUUCCCAACUGCUUGCGAUUUUUUUCGAGCAGUCCUUAAAAGAGUUACUAGAUACAUCUAUUGAACAAAUUGACUAUAACAGUGAAAAGAAAAAAAUUCCUGAUACACAGAAAGAGACUGUAACUAAUGAUUGGAUUAACAUAUGGUUAGCACCUGUAUGUCAGUGCCUUACAUCACCUAAUGAUACUCUGCGCAAGAAUAUUGGUAGCUUUAUUUUAAAACCUUUAUUCAAAAUUGAUUCGUUAUCAUUCUGGAAAAUCUUGAAUAUAAUUAAAUAUGAGAGAUUAUCAAAUGGUUUUGUGAAAGAUGAACAUUAUCGAUUAAAUGCGUUAAUAACAAUCACUAAAGUUGCCAGAUCAUUGGAUUUAGUUGAUG